GCGAGGGGGAGGGGGAGAGGGAGAGGGAGCUUGCAAGCGCUUGUGUGACUCAGAUGGGGUGGUAGCAGUCUAGAAGGAGAAUGCGUGGACCGCACGGUGCGAUUGGGAAAUAAACCCACAGACGCCACUACAUGCCUUCUCUUUAGGGUAGUAUGAGAUGAAUUGGCGAGAGGGUCGCGGACGGUGCCACCAGAAUCGUGCAGCCGCCUGGCAUUAAUGACAAACAAGGGAGCUAUUCGAGCGCACAACACAACAAACACCGACCGCAGAGGAAUGUGUAUAACUCUAUCCGACUCGAAUCAAGCCACCCAGAAAAUAACGUAGUCUCAGAUCCGUUGGACCUCCUUCGUCGUUGUUAUAAAACAGGAAAACGGAUUACAGAAACAAACAUUUGAGAAUUUUGGGCUUGUUGGAGCGUUUAUUUUGUCAGGCGAGACCCGAAAAACUUCUACAAUGGCUCUGGUCAUGGAGCCUGUGAGCAAGUGGAGUUCGAGUCAAGUGGUGGACUGGAUGAAAGGGCUGGAUGACUGUCUGCUGCAGUACAUUAAGACGUUUGAGAGAGAGAAGGUGGGAGGAGACCAGCUGCUUCGUAUCACCCACCAGGAGCUGGAGGAGCUGGGGGUCACCCGCAUCGGACACCAGGAGCUCAUCCUGGAGGUUGUGGACCUACUCUGUGCCCUGAACUACGGUCUGGAGACAGAGAAUCUGAAGACUCUAUCCCACAAGCUGAAUGCCUCAGCCAAGAACCUGCAGAACUUCAUCACAGGGAGGCGUCGCAGUGGUCACUAUGACGGCCGCGCCACCCACAAGCUGCCCAACGACUUUCUCACCUCUGUGGUGGACCUCAUCGCUGCAGCCAAGAGCCUGCUGGCAUGGCUGGAUAGGUGCUACUUCUUUUUCAGGUCUCCGUUCGCAGCAGUGGCAGACUACUCCAUGACAAGAAACAAUGUGAUUCAGCUGUGUCUAGAGCUCACCACGAUUGUACAGCAGGACUGUUCUGUGUAUGAGACAGAAAAUAAGAUUCUGCAUGUGUGUAAGACUCUAUCUGGAGUAUGUGAUCACAUCAUCUCCCUGUCCUCUGACCCGAUGGUGUCCCAGUCAGCCCAUUUGGAGGUGGUUCAGCUGGCCAACAUCAAGUCCACUGAGGGACUGGGCAUGUACAUCAAAUCAACAUAUGAUGGCCUGCAUGUCAUCACUGGAACUACAGAGGGAUCUCUGGCUGACCGCUGUAAGAAAAUUCAUGCAGGCGAUGAAGUCAUCCAGGUCAAUCAUCAGACAGUGGUGGGCUGGCAGUUGAAGAACUUGGUGAAUUCUCUGCGUGGGGACCCCGGGGGUGUUAUGCUGACUCUGAAGAAGCGACCACAGAGCACGCUGACAUCCACCCCAGCACUGCUGAAGAACAUGAGAUGGAAACCCUUAGCCCUGCAACCCAUCAUCCCUCAGAGCCCCAGCAGCAGUGUGGUCACACCCACCAGUACCCUGAGCACCCCUUCCAGGAGGGACAGCUGUGCCCUGCAGGACCUUUUCAUCCCCCCGCCCCCCGAGGAACCAUACACCCCCAGGCGAACAGACUCUCUCCAUGAUCUGUGCUGCAGAGACGACAAGGGAAAUCUAUCAGGUGAUGACGACCUCCAAACUGACAUCCCGGUGGCCAAGGGCUCUGAGUCCCCCAACUCCUUCCUGGACCAGGAGUGUCGCCGACGUUUCCCUCUGGUGGAGGAGGAUGCUGUUCUGUACUGCUACGAAUACGACCAGAACCACGGGCCUCCACCUGUCCGCAGGGACUGCACCCCCACUUAUGGCAGGCUUAGGCCCAUCUCCAUGCCAGUGGAAUAUAACUGGGUGGGAGACUAUGAAGACCCGGCCAAGCUGAAGAGAGAGAGCAGGAGAGAGAACUCCCUGCUCUGCUAUGUGAAUCAGAGUGAGGACAAGGCCAUGCCAGAGGAGUACCUGACAGGGCGCAGCAGGAAGAAGAGUGACAAGGGCAGCCCCGCCCACUACGCCCUCCUCCCAGCCCUCCAGAUGGAAGUCUCCACGUCUGGCUCUGACUCCGCCUCCCUCUACCAUAUGUUUGAACGAUCCUCGCUGCGCUCAAGGUCUAGGAAGAAGAGUAAAGCUGGUGACUCUUUGUCCUCCAUCAGUAAGAGGCGUAUCUCAUGUAAAGACCUGGGGCGGGGGGACUGUGAGGGCUGGCUGUGGAAAAAGAAGGAUGCUAAAAGCUACUUCUCCCAGAAGUGGAAGAAAUACUGGUUCAUCCUGAAAGAUACCUGCCUAUACUGGUACAUGAAUGAGGAGGAUGAAAAGGCAGAGGGCUUUGUUAGUCUCCCAGAAUUCAAGAUUGAUCGUGCGUCUGAGUGCCGUAGGAAGUAUGCUUUCAAGGCCUGCCAUCCAAAGAUCAAGAGUUUCUACUUUGCAGCAGACAAUGCAGAUGACAUGAACAGGUGGCUGAGUCGUCUGACCAUGGCAGUGGCAGGUUACUCGGAGCAGGAGAGGAUCCGACAGGACCAGGACUACUGGAGUGAAAGUGACCAUGAGGACAUGGAGAUGCCUUCAACCAUGCCCAAACAGGACAGCCCUCCUCCCCCCUAUGAUACCUACCCCAGGCCCCCCUCGGUGUCCCAGAUGAGUCCAUACCUGGAGCCCAAACACGGCCGCCUUUCCUCCUCUGAGACCUUCCAGUCACGCUCUUCUCAUGAGGAGUUCCACCCCGAGCCACAGGAGGGCAGCAGCAGCGGAGGCGGCAUCUCGCCUGGCCAGAAGUCCUCCAGCCAACGGCGUUCGUGGCAGGACCUAAUUGAGACGCCCUUGGGCAGCACGGGGCUCCACUACCUGCAGACACUGCCCCUGCCCCUGGAAGAGGCCCUGCUAUGUUCCCCUGGAGGAGGAGGUCUGUCUGUGGAGUACCGCCGCCAGUCAACCCUCCCUGCCCAGCGCAGCCUGCUGCAGGAGCACUAUGGCCCACUGCCCCUGCAACUCAGCUCCAGUGUCCCUGUAGAGGCUGUGGGGAAACAACGUAGCUUCACCCUGCCCCGAGACAGUGGGCUCCAUGCCAUUCUCUCAGCUUCGGCCAGCGCCUCUGACCACAGGGACCACCACCACUACCAGCUGGCCAGAGACACAGGCCGUGAGAGAGAGGGCCGUCCCCAGACGGACUCUCUGGGGGACCUGUACCGGGCCCUGGAGAGGGCCAACCUGUCCUCCAUGGGAGACCACCGGCCCUCCGCCCGCCUUGAGUACAAACGCUCCUUUGUCCGCCGCGUCAACGACCCACUGCUCAGCGAAAAGCUGCACCGUCUCCGCAUCCUACAGAGUGCGCUCAAGAAUGUCCCUCUUCAGGACUCUGACCCGUCGUUGGGUUUUUUAGGAUAGCCUGUAUGGAACGGACCAUGGACACAGCAGCACCAUCAUAGUCACCCAAUUCAUCCUGCCAAGGGACGUGACCUUACUGCCCUACCCCCAGACAUGCCCACAUCCCUGGAAGACAGUCACAACAACCAGGAUUAACCCCUCUCUACCUCUCUCUUUCACUCAAUCUCACUCUCUCUCUGCAUGCCCACAUCUACCUCUAAGGACCUUCCCUCAUGCCAAAUAGUUUGUUCAGUGAUCAAAAUAACCAUAACAUAUUCAAUAGUUGCAUCGUGCAAUGCAUGUUCACGCUAUUUACAGUAAUUAAACUCUAGUUCAAUAAUAGUCUUCUUCUCAUUGACAUUGUUAAAGGAAAGUUAUAACAUAAAUUGCACUGGAGAAUAUAGUGAGGCCAGGAUUGAAUCAGAUUAGCUUUAACCCACGGUAUUCAACAAAUGCGUAGCUUAAUAUUGCCUUUGUUUAGGCGAUGUCGGAGGUGUAUCUGCGUUGGAGCUGUUAAGUCGGUGAGCGGCUGCGCUUGUGGUCGUUGUCACGAAAACCACGCCGUCCUUAUGUCCCACCCGCGUUAGAAGUUCAGAAGGAGAAAGUGUAGGUUAUAUAGAAAUAAUGACACUCAAAUUGAAAAUCAUUAAACAAAAUAAUAAUGAUUUAUAUCAGCCUAAUCGAGGUAUAGAUUAUAUCACACAAUCCAGUGUUCAAACUUGUAACACGGCUGCAUGGGAUUUCUACUCAUGUGACUCAGUGCAUCUAAUGGCAAUGUCCACGAAUGCAGUUACACCUCCGACACCGGCUAAAUAAAAGCAAUAUUAAGCUAUGAGUUUGUCUGUUAGCGCUGAUCUGAUUGAAACAUGGCCUGAGUUUUAUGGUAUUUUUUGCACAGUUCAAUGCUGUUUUGCAUGAGGAUGUUGCCCUGUGUGUCUUUAUUUCCAUCUCCCCUCCACCUGUUUCAGCAGCUCUUGGACACAUAUUCAUCUCACUCUGGGUUUCUGUCCACUCUAUCUCUCUCACUCUCUCAGAACAUUGUCUGUGAAGGACAGUAUUGUUUGACUUACUAAGAGUAAGCUUCUAGAAGGCACAUAAGACUUCCACAGCCUUUUCUGGUUUGAUGAUAUUGGAUAUGUCCCCUCAUCUGAAAGACUGCAUUAGUGGAGCGCCCUUUAACUCACUGCUCACCUGCAUGGCCAUGUUAGAACCUUCUGCUUCUGUACAGUACUGUCUGUUCUGAAGACUAUGCCAGGGUUGUGUACAGUAACACUACAAUGAAUCUUGAUCUUAAACGAACUAUAAUAAGCAAUUGUAUUUUUGAUGUCUACAAUGUUUAUGUUAUGCAUGUGUGAAUGGUAAAUGAGUAUGUAUGUCUGUGUGUUAGGAGAGUGUACAGUAUGUUAAUCAUAUAUAUUUAUUUCAUAAACUGGAUAUCGCAUAACUGGUAGGUCAGAACAAAAUCUAAGGAGAUAUAAUUUCAACUUCAGUGUUGUGCCUCAGCGAUUUCUGAAAGUAUUACCACUCCAAAACUGGGUGAACAUAAAUAGUUGAUGGCUGCAGGGCGUAAUCUCUCCCUUAUAAUAAACAGAAACUGGUGCACAGAGACAGAAAGACAGGUGAGGACUGGCAAUAAUAAACCAGUAUUGUAAAUUGUGAAGCAUUUAAUCAGAAACACGUGUCUAUUUUUGUAUGCAUGCUACCUAUCCAAAUGUUUGUAAAUGGUUUUGUAUUCCGAGGUGUGUGAUCUGAGGACUGCUGGUGUGAACCCAUCAUGAGGACUGCUGGUGUGAACCCAUCAUGAGGACUGCUGGUGUGAACCCAUCAUUCACUCUGUGUUUCUAAGAGCUAUUUUACAUUUGAAGUAAAAGCAACAGGAGAAAGUGUUUGUUUUUGAAGUGUUCUCUGCAGAAAGGUAAAUAACUGUAUUUAUAAACUGUUCGUUGUUUGAGCAUGCUUUGUAUAACUUAAACAGAAUAUCAUGCCAUUUGAAAUCUAUGGAAGUCGCACAUGUUUGGCGUAACGUGGCUAAUUUACUUUUUUAUUCAAUAAUAAACGAUGGCUUGUCCAUCUCCUGAACUCUC